CUCUCUCUCUCUCUCUCAUGAAUUCCCUCUGGGUGCGGGAGUAUUUUCUCGUGCGGGGGGCUCCAACUUCUCUCACCCAUUCCACCUAACACCUUAAGUGCAACACGAGAUUCGAGAUUCCUUGGAAUCCAUUAAGAUGAUAGUCGUCUCCGCUGCGUCGCGCUCUUCCUACUGUCCUCCCAGAAUAAAGCCCCUUACAGUUUCCUCUUUGACGAAUCUCUCUCUAUCCCAGUCUUUGUCCCUGUCGAUAUCACUCUCCACUGCAAAGAAGAGGACCGGCUGCGGGUUCCUCCCCCACCGCCGCUACCCUUGGUGCCGGGCAGCGAAGACCGGCCCGGUGAAGAAGAGAGCAGCGAAGAGGAAAGCUCCGGGGAAGCCGGUUCCCGAUGAUGAUGACGGCCUGGUAGAGGUGGUGCCCUCGCCAGGUGCUCCCGAGGGCCCCCAAGGCCAGCCAUCUCCAUUGCCGAAGCCGCCCGCGGGCUUCGUGCUGGACCCUCAUGGAAGGGUCCUCAUGGCUUCUGCUAAUCGGUUAGCCACCAUUGUUGAUGCUAAAAAUAAUUUGCCUUUAGAAUGCAUAAUUAGGAGAGUCUUUCAAAGUUCUCGAGGGGAUGACUGCAUGCUGCUCUGUCCAGUUGAUACGCCUGUACAGAUCUUGAAGAGCACGAACUUCAAUGGAUGGUCAGCUGUCAAUGAUGAUGAAGUUGAGACUAUCAUUCCUGCUGCUGCAUAUGCUCUUGCUAAAAUCCAUAUGCAUCUUGUAUUCAGCGGAUUCUGUUAUACAGCAAGGGGUAGCUUUUGCUAUUCCGAGGAAGACAUACUUGAAUUCCGCACAGAUAAUGGUGAAGAUAUCGAUGGGUUGCCUUCUGAAGGUGUAGGGAUUACUUGCUUCCAUUUGGAUGGGACACAAUAUAUGAUCUAUACACCAUCUGAUCCUCUUCUUUUCGUUGCUGUUAAGGACAAAAAUGGUUCAUUGCAAAUUGCUGAUGAUGAUCUCUUGGAUGACCCUGCCAUCAUUGGUGCCAUAGACGAGGAGACAGAAUUCAAUGCUUUGGUGGAGGAGGAGGCUGCUCUUCUUGAAUCUUUGCUGGGAGAAAGAUGACCACAUUCUGCUUACACUAGUAGAAAGAACCGCUCGACAUAUUUUGCUUUGAAGAUACUAUCAGGAAUGUAAAUAAUGAAGCAAAAUGUAGUUCAAAUAUGUCUAAUUUCUAUAUGUUGCCUAAUUAUAUUCUUCCAUGAAUUUAAGUACAUGUCACAUGUCACUUUCAUUUAUAUUUCUGUGUCUACAUCAUCCAUUGGCACAAUUUUAUUGGCUUGUGACCAAUUGUCAUAUAAAACUGGCAAACCCUAUGCAAACAGUCUGAUUUCUUGGAG